CAACACGCUCUCACAAAAUUUCAACCGCCCGCGUGUUUUCUUGCAGUUUGCAAGUGGAAAAAUACAAAAUAGUGAAUUUUAUAAAUAUUUAAUCUAAUAUUAAUAUUAAAAUAGUGCACAAAUAUGGCGACAUCACUGCAGGAGCAAUUACAGCGCCUGGCCGUGCCACAGACCAUGGCAUUGGCUGAUUCGCGUUCAAAAGCUUCAGUACUAUUUGAUCGCAAAGAAGCUGGCACCAAAACACGCCGCAUCAUAUAUGAAAUCGGUUUAGCUGGUCUGCAGGAGCUAACCGCACUUAAUCCCAUCUUUCAAACAUUUGAAAAUACCUUAUUCAAUGAAUCCACUAUUGAUUUGGAACGUUCAGUGGAGGAGAAAGAAGUGAAUAAACUACUUGAUCGUAAUAUCAAUAAGUUUCUACAACAACUAUCGCCCUACUUCCUAUUGCGGCCAACGCUCAUGUGUUUGGAAUGGCUGAUACGUCGUUUUCAUAUACAAGAAUAUAAUCGUAAUGCUUUGUUGGCCUUAGCUUUGCCGUAUCACGAAACGAAUGCGUUCAUAUUAGUUUUGCAAGUGAUACGCAUUAAACAAACUGAUGCAGAAUGGAACUGGUUGCGGCCACUGCAGAAACCCGGUGUUCCCGUGCCAAAAAGUGUGUUAAUCAAUCGCGCAGCAAGCGAUGUGGCAUUCCUUAAAUUCGUUUGUCAAGCUACUUUGGAUGCUGUCAAAGAGUUGGGCACACGUGCCAAUUCGCUGCAAACACAACUGAAUUUUUAUGCUUCCAUUGUGGUUGGCGCACUCGAGCAUGCAGCGGCAGUGGAGGAGUGGCACAUUAUAACGUUACUACCGUCACUGCUGAAGGGUUUACAAUCUGAAGUAUUGGAUUUCGCAGCAGCUGCUUACAUUGUGGCCACACAAUUGGUCGCGCGUACACAAGUAACACCCAAAUUGUGUAAUGCUUUGGUGGAGCGUGCAGCAUCCGUGUCGCUGGAUCGUUUACGUCAAACAGCAGUGCUGUUUCUAGUUUUCCUUUUCGAUAGUCAACUGCGCGCUAAGCCGCAAUUUAAUGAAAACACUUUAUUGAAUUUGGCAACACAAAAAUGGUUUACCACCAAUUUAGCAGCCUUGGCUAAAGGCGAUGUAUAUUUACAUGCAUUGUAUGUGGCGUUGUUGCAACAAUCAUUAGCUGCCAUACAAGCUGGACACAAGGAGGCGGAGACUUUGAAAGUUUUUCUUGAACGUUUACUAAAUGAUGUGACACUAAAAGACGACUCGGCGCAGGAAAUCAUUAACGCUUUUCUUAAUGCAUACACAGCGUCAACGCAAUCUUCACCAAAGAAAGGUUUGCAGGAUGGUGAAAUGAUUGAGCUCAGUUCGGACGAUGAAGAAAUGUCAGAUGAUAGCGGCAAUUUCCAAGCUUGGUACUCCGAAUAUUUGCGUAAGUUGGAGCGCAAAUAUCCCGUCGCAUACGAUCACACCAUAAAAGAAGGCCUAACCACAAAUACGCAAGAAUUCGCCAGUAAUCGUAGUGUGCUGAAAAUGGCUUUAGGUUUUCGCUUGAAAACGUUCGAUCCAAGCGCCACCGAUAUAUACGAACAGCUCUACCACCACACGGCCAAAAUACGUGCCUUUGCGGUGCAAACACUUUUGGCAAAUUUGCGUGAUUACAGCGCGCGUCCACAAAACUUGCAUUUGUUGCGCGAAUGUCUCGCCGAUCGCAUAGCAGAUGACAGUGAAUUGGUGGUUAAGGAAAUCUUGAAACUACCAACCGCCGAGUUUGUGCAAGUGUUAGGCGCUGAUAAAGUGGCUGAAGCCUUAAUUGUUAUAUUGAAUAGAGUGCAGCAAGAUGCGCAGCAUUGGGCGCCACUAACUGCGUUAACCGUGCAGCAUUUGACGAGCGCAGAGAUUGUCGAGCAAUACGAUACGAAUAUAAUAUUGCUGGCUUUAAUGCCGCUACUGUUUCCCGACAACAGCAGCAGCGACACAUUUAAUGCCAUUACAUGCAUACUGAAAAGCGCUUUAAGCGUGAAAAUUGGUUUCUUAAAAGAGUUGAAGCUGGUGCGUGACAGUGACAGUUUCAACGCGGUGGAUUUCAAAAAACAAUUUCUCGAUGUUAUCUCCAAAUCGACAGCAACGCCAACAGGUUUGAGUCUCUUCCGCAGCGUCGAGUCGCAAGGCGAACGCAUCUUUAAGAGCGCUUUACAUUUUUCGCACUUUCUGAUGUUGGCCACGGCUUGCUUGAAAACCGACUUGACAGGCGCCGAGGCGGGUUACAUAUUCACGCAAAUACGCACGAAUUAUCGACGCUUUCGCGUGCGCCAAUUGGAGAACAAACAAUGGGAAUUGGUGGUGAAAGAGCAAUGUGUGCCGUUGCAGCUGUUUUCCGAUUUUAUCGCUUCGCUAGCGCAGCACACACACUUCGAGCAUCUCUUCGAGUGGGAGCAAAUACACGACGAUCUACGCACAUUCUUCGACAUUUUCAAUUUGCUCGCCGAGGAGGGUUUCCAACAGCGUAACGCGGCCGCACAGCAAACCGAAUGGUUGAAGACGCUGAAAGAGGUAUUCGACAACAUCUUCGAUAACGCACAACAAAAGUUGGAAUUUCUCAGCAACUUUUACGUGUAUGAGUGCAAUGCCGCCGUCGGCGCGGAGUAUCCACUACUGCGCUUGCGCGCCUUCAAGCUAACCAAUGCGCUAUUCAAAAAUAAAAACAAUAAAUUGCACAUUAACACCACACAUGUGUUUCGCAUUGCGAGCGCUUUGAAUGCGCCCUCAGAGACGACGCGUCUGCAAGCGCUCGAAACGCUGCAAGUGUUGAAGGCAAGCGCGCAGCUGAGCGCGCAUCUGCUGCACUUCGUCGAUAGCAUACUGGCGCGCAGCUAUGAGUUUAGCAUGGAUCACGAGCAAUUCCCACUCAUACUCUACACUAUACUGAAGCCAGCGCACAAGAAGCAGCAGCCGCAAAGCUUGAAGGUGUUGCGUGAAAUUGUGCAGUUGGUCACCGCGGAGGAUGCGCUCAAACAUGCCGCUUUCACCGCGCAAAUACUGAAAACGCUGAAGCAUAUAAACGAUGCGAGUCUGCUGGCCGAGUUGAUACCGUUGGGCGCGCGCACGCUGCAACAGACACAAGUUGAGGACGCAUUGCUGCUGCUGCCACAACCUUACAGCACAAUAUUGCAGCUGAUCUGCGAUCGCUUUGAGCAUCAAACCAUUGACACGGUGCUGUUGGACGAACCCGCCGCUUGGCAAUUCAUCGUGCAGAUAUUCGGCGCGCACAAUGUAUUCAUACAGCAUGGCGGCAAAUUGCGCGCGGUGCCGUGUGUGCUGCUCGAGGCGCUCGACGAGUACUGCUACGAGCAGAUACCGCAAAAUUACAAAAUCGAUUUGAUCAAAUUGAUUGUGCAAACCAUGGCCGUCAGCGACACAGAUGCCGUCUUCCUAAGCGCCAACAGAUUGUUGAAGCGCUGCAGCAUCAAAUGUGAGCGCUUAGUGGAGUUACUAACGCAAAUGUGUCGCAUCGAGGACACUGAGUUGGCUGCCGCCAAGCGCAAGUCGCACCCGACCUCAGCGACCAAACGCGAUGCGCAAGCGCAAAACCAUCUCAUCGCGCAAGUGAACACGAAGACUUGGAAGCAAGGUGUCGCUUUGCUGGAGCUGCUCGAACACAAGAAACGACUGGAGGAGGCUGAGCAGCUGCUGCUGGCGCUUUUCGAUUUGUUGCGCUUCUGUUUGGAGCUGGAGGAGCAAACUGUGGUGGAGUACACCAAGCAGUUGACGCUCUCAACGCUGCUGCACUGCUGUCAGCUGGCGCAAGCGGCUGGCGUGCAAUUGUCUAAGGCGUUGCCGAAGUCAACGUUCCGCAUCGAUUUGAUUGUGCAGUGUGUGCGCGGCACGCAGAAUCCGCAAACGCAGAAUAAUGCUUUGUUGUUGUUGUCACAUUGCGCAGCGCUCUUCCCGCAGCAGGUGCUGCAUAGCGUCGUGGAUGUCUUCACAUUUAUGGGCUCGUCAGUGGUGCGUCACGAUGAUGCCUUUAGCUUCCACAUUAUCAACAAUGUGAUUGAAUCGAUUGUGCCGAUAUUAGUGCGUUCGCAGCAUGCCGACAAUCACGCGAGCACCGUUGAACUGGUCAUACCGGUGCUGAAGGUGUUCUCCGACAUACUCCUCGAUGUGCCGGAGCAUCGCCGCUUGCCGCUCUACAGCAAGCUGCUGCUGACGCUUGGCGCCGACCAAUUUUUAUGGAUUUUCCUUUGUAUAGUCUUCGAGGCACAUGUGCUGGAGGAUGAGAAGCAGCGUCUUUUGCAGCGCAAGCACAAGCAGGACAAACCCACUGCGGCGGCGGCCACGGCUGAGAAGUUCUCCAAACGUUUGGAAAUCUGUCUGGAGCUGACCAACACAUUCGAGCCGCAAAUUACGCUCGAAACAUGCAUUGAGCUGCUCGGCUAUAUUCGUUCAUUGCCAAUGGAUAAAGCGGAUAAUGACAGCGCUAAAGCUAAAGCCAAGCAGUCGAUCGACGCCACUGAGUUCAGUCUGUUCGAUGUGAAAUGUCGCACCGCCAAACAAUUGCGUCACUACAAAUACGUUAUUAUGCAGUAUCUCUCGAGUAUUUCGAAUUCACCACAAUUUUUGCGCAAAAUCGCCAUACUCAGCGACGCCGAACAGUUGGCCAUAAAGCCAUAUUAUCAGAAUUUCAUCAUCAAAACACUCUCGUACAUACCGUUAGUGAAUACGGCCAUUGAAACUGUUGAGGAAACAUCACAGCUAAAAUUCUGGAAAGUCAUACUCCACCAUCUGCACGAUGUGCUGGAUAAUGCCAUCUCAUUGCUGUCGCCCGACAUGUUCCUCGUCGUCGUUUAUGGUCUCAUGCAACAUCAGCUGGUCUCCAUACGCAAGAAAGUGAUUGAAUUGUUGAUUAAUAAACUACAACAACGCGAUGGUUAUUUUGAUAAUAGUGAUCCGCAAAAUUUCUACAAUCUGCUGGAACCGCUUAGCGAAAUCACCAAUGGUAUACUUACACACCACGAGUCGCCCGCCACAUCGGGCACUGCCUCACCUUCGAGCUCCAAUGAGUUGGUUUUCUUGCAGCAGACCGCGCUCAUUGCCAUAAAGCUCUUAUCGAAAAUGUUUGCUUUGCAACAUAUUGCCGAGUUCAAGGAGAUACUCGCCCACCUAAUCAAAGUGCUGAAGCAACGUUCAAAGAUUUCCAAAAUUGUCUUGGCUACAGUUGUGCUGACCAUCAUAGAGAUUUCGUCGAACUUGAAAGCUCACUCGUUGGCGCUGCUGCCGAAAUAUAUGCCGCAGAUGAUUAAGAUUCUACAGGAUCAAGCAAAAUUGGUGCAAUCUCAGUUGCCGGAUAACGUCUGCAUUGCAAUCAUAACGGGUACGCAAAAACUCUUCGAAUCGCUGCCACUCUUCCUGGGACCCUACGUUGUCGAUGUGAUAACCGCGUUGAGUACAAUUUCCGCCAAUAUCAGCGCACAACAGAGUGAACGCGAUCAGCGCGCCGCUACCGCCCUGCACCGCAUCGGCACAAUUUGGUCGAAGAUCGCAAGCGAUGUGCCAGUGCGCAUACUAGUGCCGAGCUGUGAGAAGUCCUAUCGCAAGCUGAUGGACGCACACAAUUACGCCGAUAUCGCUGUGCUAAUGGAACUGCUGCCUGAAUGCAUAAAUAAUACAUCAAGCGCUGAUCUAAGUGCGGUGCAAAGCGAAUUGGGCGCGUUCUUCUUGCACGCGCUUGAGUUCCGACUGCAGGUGCGCAACAAUUGUGAACGUGAACGUGUCGCGAGCACUGAGAAAGUCAUCAUUAAUGCAUUCGUCACAUGGGUGCUGAAACUAUCCGAAAGCAGUUUCCGUCCAUACUACCUGAAAGUCUACGAGUGGGCCAUUAAACAGCGUGCAGAACGUGAAACCAUACUCACCUUCUUCUUGCUCACCAACCGAAUCGCCGAAGCGCUCAAGGCGCUGUUCUUACUCUUUGCACGCGAUAUCAUCGAUGAUGCGGCGAAUUUGUUGAACGUAUAUAAUGCGGCUAAGCAAGAUAUUACAGUCGAUGAGGAGGCACUCACCGCCGAUAUUGUUAAAUCCAUUCUGAACACGCUCUACACACUGUUCCUGCACGACAGCAAAGGUUUCAUCAAUAAUCAACGCUUUGAGGUGCUGAUGCAGCCAUUGGUCGAUCAGCUGGAGAAUCGUUUGGUGCUGGAGAGUGAAGAAUUGCAACAGGUCUUGCAGACGUGUCUUGCCCAACUGGCUGCGGCCGUCUCCAAUGACAUCAUGUGGAAGCAACUGAACCAUCAAGUGUUGAUGAAGACGCGCACCAAUGUGCCGGAGGUGCGCAUUCUGUCCUUCAAUUGUUGUCUGGAGAUUGUGCGUAAACUGGGCGAAGACUUUACGCCACUGCUGCCGGAAACGGUGCCUUUCGUUGCUGAGCUCUUGGAGGAUGAGAAUCAACGUGUGGAGAAGAAUACACGCAAAGCUGUGCAAGAGCUGGAGAACAUACUUGGCGAAUCGUUGCAGAGUUACUUAUAAGUUUGCUGUUAAAAUAUUUACAAAAACAAAUCAAAAAUGUGUCUGAAGCCUAAUAAAUAUCGUAAGAAGAUCUAUAUGAAUUAAAGCA